AUGGGAAUGGCUAGGCGAUCUUCAAGGGCAAAUCGUGCUAAUCAAGAUCAAGUAAAUACUCAAUUUAUUGCGCUUUUAAAUACAGCAACUCGCGCCGAUAGAUCCACCAGGUCGAGCAACAAAGCAGAAUCACCUGAAAAAUCAACAGGGUCUAAAUUUAUAUCAGUCGAGCCGCAAGUCGAAUUAGUAAAUAAAUUAGAAGAAACAAAUGUGAUGCAGACUCGUCGAAAGCGUGGAAGGGCUGAAGAGCCAAAGGAAAAACACCCAAGAAUUCAAACACCACCACACGAAAACAAAAACGAUUCGGAAGAUGUUGGCGAAGAUGACGAUGCCGUUCGAUGUAUAUGUGGUCAUGAUGACUAUCCUGGACUACCACAACCUGAUGAAGAUGGGCGAGGAUUAACGCAAGCUGUAAGUGAAGGACAAUCGCUAUCAACUGCCGAGGCAACAGAAGACCUCGCUGGAUUUUACCUUCAGUGCGAUAUUUGCAAGGUAUGGCAACAUGGAGGAUGCGUUGGAAUAAUGAAUGAGGGAUCCAGUCCUGAAGAAUAUUUUUGCGAGGGGUGCCGCAAAGAUUUACACAAAAUCUUCACGUCUUUCAACGGGCAACGUUAUUCACAUUACCUUCCACUUCGCAAAGUUCUAUCACAAUUAGGUUCUAAUAUUGUGGUAAAUUUAAAAGAUGAAACUCGCCCGCCAAGAGUUGGUAGAAGCGGGCGCCCUUCGAGCUUACAAAGUGCCAGUGCUAAGAGAAGAUCUACCAUGAACAGUAGAGACGCAGCAUAUGACGAAGGAGAACAGUUAAGGAGGGUUAUAGAAGCUAGUAAAUCUGAAAGGAUCAGCGAAUCCACUGACACCGGUAUUAAACGAAGCAAGAGAGGCUUCAGUGGCUCUGAAGAAAAAGCGGAAGGUUCUAAGAGGCAGCGAACAAGCUCCACUUCACCAUCUCGUGAAAGUCUGAAUCAAUCUCGGCCAGAAUCAGAAGACGAAACUUUGAGUCGAAAUCAUAAUACCAAAAAGUCCAGACUCGCUGGUGCAAAGAUUAGUAAAGAAUGUGAAAAUAAGACGGAACGUGAAAAGUUUAGAAUUGACGUUGGGAACAAACGUAGUAAUCGAGCUGAGCGACGAAGGACUGAUGAUGCAGAAACUAUGGAAUUGGCCUCUGUAGAUACAAGAUUCUCGGCGAACAAGGGUUUCGUCCCAAAUAACACAGCUAUUUCCUCACAACCCAUGGAUCCAGCAAAAAAUUCACAAAAUAUACUUGUUGAAUCAUCUCACUCUACUCAAGCAGCAACUUGUCAAAAAAAAAUAGGACGUCCACCAAAUUCUCGUAAAGGGAAAAUGAAUAAAAGCCAGUAUUCCAAAGAUCGUGAUUUACAGGAUCACUAUGAACAGCAAUCGAAUCGUCAACAAUCUCGCGACGUAUCAAAAAGUGAAGAAAUGACACAUUACUCAAGCAGUUGGGGAAUUCUAGGUGAGGGGAAAGUGAGUAGGAGUAAAGGUAAUCCCAAUAAAAUUACCAUGGCCGACAUGAAAAGGAGGGUCACAAUGAUACUUGACUUCAUUUCACGAACUCAACUUGAAAUGGCUAGUGAGCCGAUACUAUCUGACACCAAAAACUCCGUCCAAAACUCUGAGCAACCAAUUUUUGAAAGGAUUUCCACUAAGCGAUCUGAAGGUGGAGAUCGACAAUAUAGUUCUAACAAUGAAACCUUCCACGGAAGCGCAAAAUUCAAUAGAGAUUUCAAGGAUCUUUCAUGUCGGGAUAUGAUGGACGUGUUAACUAAACAGCUCAUCAAAUGGCAAAAAGAAUUCUUAUAG